AGGAGACAAAGAACUGAUGUAUCCAGAAUAGCCUGAACAAAAUGAAAAUUCUGCCCAUUUUUUAGUCAUUUGUCCUAAAUUAAGUGCAUCGUCUUUUUAUUGUGAGUGUGUGUGAGCUCUUGUUAGCGUUGCAUUCUAUAUUUUUGGAUUAAACAUUCCUAUCGACAGGAGAUAUUUAAAAAUGAAAAAAUUACGAUCAAAUGCUAAAUUUUUUUUCUCCAAGGACGCAAACAAUUUUUAAAAAAACAGCUUUUGAGUUAUUUUUUUUAUCUUGUUGAAAUUUUUAAAAGUUUGCUCUAUACUUUUAUUUCUCCGAUGAGACAAAUGUUCAAUUCUAAAUAUUAGGACAACAAAUUAAAACCAAGCAUGAAAAGAAGUCAAUGUCUUAAAAACUUCGUCCAAGCGCAUUAGAUAGUAAGUUCGAGGAUGUCAUUUCUGAAAGAAAGAGAGAGAGAGGAGGUUAGGAGUUAGGACGAAGAAGUCAAUGAGUUGGAGGUCAAAGGGGGACAGGCAAUCUAGGUGAACUCCUCCUCUUUGUCUUUCUCAUUAGUCUAUAUUUAGUAGUUAAAGAAAUUGAAUACAAUAAAUUCUCCAACAUCAAAUGGGGGAAGGUUAUGUGCCUCUCUCUCUCUCUAAAAUACUAGAGAUCCUCAUUCCCUCCUAGACCGUGUUUCUUGGCUACCCACUUCCCACCACACAACCAAAACACCAACAAAAUAAUAGAAUCAAGAAAAAGAGAAGAAAAAAAAAUGAUCUGAAACCAACUUGCCUUACACUAAAACAACCCCUAAAACAUUACACUUUCUUUCUUUUGCAAUUUUUCUUUUCUUGUCAUUCUCUCAUGCCAUCUUCACCAAACAGAAGGAGAGAAAGGGAAGAAAAAGAGUUUAUUUUUUGUUGGGCAGCCACUUCACGAGGCUUUGAUAUCUCCUAGGUACAUAGCCUCUGGCCCCAAUCAAUCUUUCUCUCUCUCUUUCUUUUGUUUUAUUCUCUUUUCUUUUUCAUAACAUGGGUCCUCUACAUUGUUGCUAAAAUGGAUUGAACCAAAUUUUCUUGCCCAUUGCCUUGUCAUUUCAACUUCUCUGUCUUUCAUUUUCUUGCCCUGGAAGAUGCCCUGCAUGUUAUUUGAUUGAAACUCAUUCCUCAGAUACCAUUCUCUCCCACAAUCACUGAUUCCUUUCCAUUUUACAAUUUGAUUUGAGAAUCUAGAAAACCUUCUUACAUGAAAUGGAAGAAUCUCCAGAGAGAAAAUCCGGUUGUGGCCUAUUAAGUGCAGUUUUCGGUCGCCGUAACAUAUGGCCAAGGAGAACCACUUCCACAGGAUCACUCCACACGGCAAACAAUGCCAACAACAUCGUCCGUGUCCCGAGCACCCCCAUUUCAAAGCGACGACGUGGUGACUCUGACGAGGCCACCUUCCUUGAAACAUCCAGCGCCCCGUCGGAUUCGUCCCCAAAACAAGUAGACCGGAUCAUUGCUCGGCCCGGGCCCAACCAUCCUAAGGUCCCACCUUCAUAUCAAAAUUAUAAUCAACAUCAACAAUACCAACAAAAUCAAGGCAUGGGGAAAAGUGCUGCACCUCUCCAAGGAUAUGCCCAAGGGAGGCGGGCACCACAGGGGUCUACCGGAAUAUCCGGUGAGCUCGAAAGUAUGAUGACUGAUCACCAACGGUCCAAGGAGGCAAAUAGUCUGGUCCGCGCUUCGUCGGGCAACGUAAUGUUGUUUGGGCAUUUAGGUAAUUUGAGACAACCGGGAGGUGGUGGUGGCAAUUUGACCUCAAACAAUGUGCUUGAUUACCUACCGAAAACGGCAAGAGAGGACCCGGAGCAGGCCCACAUUCCUUCUGUAGUGGGAAAUGUGGGGACGAAACCGAACGAGGAUUCGGAAAAACAGCCGCCACCAACUUCCUUGUGUAGGGCGCUGUCGACAAGGAUGGAUCCGGAGCAGUUGAAGAUUAUGGGGAAUGAGGAUUACAAGAAUGGGAGGUUUGCUGAGGCCUUAGCUUUGUAUGAUGCAGCUAUUUCUAUUGAUCCAAACAAGGCCUCGUAUAGGAGUAACAAGAGUGCGGCAUUGACUGCUCUGGGUAGACUUCUUGAGGCUGUUUUUGAAUGCAGAGAAGCUAUUAGGAUGGAACCCUUUUUCCAGAGAGCUCAUAAUCGUUUGGCAACACUUUACGUCAGAUUAGGAGAAGUAGAGAAGGCCAUGUAUCACUAUAAACAUGCUGGUGCGGAAUCCGACCCUGAUGUCUUGACUAAAGCUAAAAAUCUUCAGGUUCAUUUGAGUAAGUGCACUGAGGCUAAGAAGCAGCGAGAUUGGAACACAGUACUGAAAGAAACCAGGCUCGCCAUAUCGGCUGGUGCUGAUUCUGCACCACAGAUUUUUGCAUUGCAAGCUGAGGCCUUGCUGAAGCUCCGUAGGCCCCAAGACGCGGAUGAAGCAUUGAAAAAGGGACCAAAUUUUGACAUAGAUGAGUGCACUAAAUUCUUUGGCCCUAUUGGUAGUGCUAGUCUGUUGGUGAUCCGGGCUCAAGUUGACAUGGCUGCCGGCAGAUUGGACAAUGCUGUGGAGGCAGCUCAACGGGCAGCUCGGCUUGACUCGAACAACAAGGAAGUGAAUAUGGUGGCUAGGAGGACACGAGCUGUGGCGAUGGCUCGAUCAAACGGUAACGAGCUCUUCACUGAGAAAAGAUACUCGGAGGCUUGUGUUGCUUAUGGUGAGGGGCUCAACCAUGACCCAUACAAUGCGGUCUUGCUGUUGAACCGAGCCACUUGCCGAGCCUACCUUGGGCAGUUGGAGAAAUCAAUUGAGGACUGCACAGCUGCGCUUAACUUGCGACCAUCUUAUGCAAAGGCCAAAUUAAGAAGAAUCGAUUGCUAUAUCAAGUUGGAGAAAUGGGAAGCUUGUAUACAAGAUUAUGAGGAGAUGAUAAGGGAGACACCAGAAGACGAGAAGCUGGUCCAGGGCUUGAAGGAUGCACAAUUGCAGCUCAAGAAACAGCGAUGUGAAGAUGUUAGUGAUGUGAAGGUUGGUGGCACUCAUGAUGUGGUCUCCAUAUCGAGCAACGAGCAUUUCAGAGACCGAGUAACAUCGCCUGGUGUAAUUGUUGUCUUAUUUUGUAACAAGCCUGGGGACAAUGGGACAUUACAGUUUUUGGAGCAACUUCGAAAGAAAUACCCCUCAGCUAACUUCUACAAGGUGGAGGUUGAGGAGCACCCUUCCAUAGCCAAAUCUGAGGGUGUUAGCUCAUUGCCGGCUUUCAAAAUAUUCAAGAACGGUUCAAGAGUGAAAGAAAUUCCAGGUGACAAUCACGAAUUGUUGGAGAGCUCUGUAAAAUACUAUACCACAUGAUUCAGGUGGAUAUGGAAAGCAGUUUUGAUAUCAAGUCUCCUAUCCAGAGUGUCAAAUCAAUGUGCCAGAGAUGACACAAAGGGGGCUGAAAAUCUUGUUUUUAUGUCAUACAGUACGACCCCAGAAUUUUCACCGGUUAGUAUCCGGAACGUAGAACCUUUGGACUAGAUUCUAUCUAGGUUCGACAAUGAAUCCAAAAUCUACCGCAUGCAUCUCACUUCUGUGUAGUUUUGUUGAUUAAAAUUCCGAGUACGUAUCAUUCGUGUUGCACUGUGAAGGAAAGUAAAGUCGAAAGGAAAUAGGGUUCGUUCGUGUUUGCUGGCACAGGUCUUUUUUAGCAUGAAAGAGUGCAGGACUGAAUCGAAGCAAUCGAAUGGAUUUAAGAGGGAUGAGCGAUAGACGUGUGUGUGUGAAUGUAACCUAGUUUUUUACGUAUGUAAUUGAUUCAUUUGUGGAUUGGAUCCAUUGUUACUCUC